AUGCAAAGGGGAUUGGAUUCAGAAACCAAAAAACAACUAGAAGAGGAGGAAAAGAAGAUAAUCAGUGAAGAGCACUGGUAUCUGGAUUUACCAGAACUCAAGGAAAAGGAGAGUUUUAUAAUAGAAGAGAGAAGCUUUAUGCCAUGUGAAGACCUACUUUAUGGCAGAAUGUCCUUUAAAGGGUUCAAUCCAGAAAUUGAGAAGUUAAUGAUCCAAAUGAACUCUAGGUACAAGAAAGAAGAAAUUGAAGCAGAUGAUACAGCCGAGGCUGACGUAUCAGAUGAAGAAAUGGCCAGAAGAUAUGAAACCUUAGUGGGAACUAUCGGGAAGAAAUUCUUGAAAAAGAGAGACCAGCGUGUGCUACAGGAUGAAGAUGAGAACAGUAACAUGACACCUAGCAAAGCUAAGAAAAUGUUCUUAAAACCCCAGGAUUGAUGUGAACUGCACAAUUGAAGCUAAUAGAAAUGUUAUCUACAGGGUAGAGUAACAUGAACUGGGCAGUGUUUAUUUUCCACCAAAUAAUGUAAGAUAUGUUUGUAAAUCUAAGUCUAUUCUGAUUGAAAUUUCUGCUGUCCACAUGACAAACAUACUUUCAAAGUGGAUGCGUAUAUAAUGGAUGUCAUACAUCCUUUCCCGUCUGAGCAAGUUGUACUGACCACGGGGCUCUAAGCCAAUUAGCUGUGUCAAUGUUGUGCAUAAGUAAGAUGGCUAUCCCGUGUGUUUGAGAGCAACAAUCUUUACAUUUUAUGAUGGUGAUUGAACGCAAGUAUUUCAACUAAAGAUGAGUUAUGGCCAAUCUUAUAAAGCAAUUCUGCUUUCAGUGCUUUUUUUUACUGUAUAAAUUGAAACCCCUUACACUUUUUAAAUUGAAAGAAAUAGUCUGCAGCAACUUACAUGUUUCUUUAACAAUUCUAAAAUUAAGUUGAAAAAGGAACAGAGAGAUUAAAUCCGUUUAGUUGAAUUUUAUUUUUUUAUAAAAUCUAUUUAAAGAGAGGUUUUUGUAAUAGAAGCCAUUUUUUUUUCUAGAAUAAGCUAAAUAUUUAUAUUGGGUGAUGUUUUCACUUUGACACUUAUGAAUCAUGAUCUGCUCAAUCUCUCACCUCCAAAAAUUUUUUUGGAUGUUCCUUUGGUUGUGGUUUUCUUUUCUGGCAAAAAAUUUCCAAUCUUAUAAACAAGAUCUGUGAUAGCAGGAUAGUGACCGCUUCAGAAACACAUCUUAAAGCUGAAUAAAAACUUUUAAAAGACUUUUGUGUCUGAUUAUUGUGGUUUAGGUAAUAUAAUAUAAACACUGAAACUUAACAUAGCCUGUGAGAUGUUUAGUGCAUUGUUUGAUAGUGUUUAGAUUCAGGCCCAGAUUUUUAAAUGUAUUUAGACAUUAAUGCUCUCAGCAUUGCAAUACCAACUGAUUUAGGAGCCUAAAUCUAAUUUUCAAAAGGGCUUUAGAGAUUGACAGUCAAUGGGAUUUAGGCUCCUAAAUGCCUACAUCCCUUUUGAGAAUGAAAUUUAGGAUCCUAAAUCAAUUAAGCAUUGCAACUCUGAGCACAGCAACACCUCAAUACCUUUAAAAAACUGGGCCUUAAGGACAUGCCCCAAAAUAUUAGUUGAGUUGAAAUGCCUUUUCUAGUUAGAAAGUAAUGAAGCAGUUUGAAGCAUUGUUGCACAGAGAGACAGUACUGGCCUUCCAUCAAUUGCUGCUCUGGGCAUGUUGAAAUUUGUCGUCAGCAUGUGUCAGAUCUAAAAUUAUAGCAGUUUUCUGUAUCCCAAACUUCAGCAAGAAAUAUGCUCUCUGUUAUUUUAUUUCCCUGGCUAGUUGUCCAGGUUGUCGUCCAGGAUGCUGGCUCUCUCGAGAAAGGAGGGAUUGGAGGAGUUUGCUAAAUUAAAGCAAGUAGUGGCAGUUCCAUCACG